AAUACGGUAAAGAUUUGGUGAAAAAACAUUGCAUCACUGAGAGAUUGGAGAAGCCAGUUGAGGAAAAGGUGGAAAUGGUGACAGCUACAAGUGGGUUAUUGCAAAUUGAUCCAAGAAAUCAAUGCAACUUAACUCCUCCGACACCUUCAUUCCAGUGCUCAAACCGUGGGAAGAAUGCAUCUAAAUCUUGGUUUACUUCUGGAAGAUACCUUUCUUCACCUGAAUCUGGUCAAGCUAUUUAUGGGCUGUCCCCAGCAUCUCCUACAAGUUCUAAGAAUCAUGACAUAGACCAGGAAACUACUGGUGAUAUUAUGGAUCUUGUUACCUUCGAUCAGGAGUUUAAUUAUGGCAAUGCAAAAUUAGCAAAUGAAUUCUCACCAGGGUUUCAUGUGACUGGCAAUACGGAUGAUCUUUUGGCGCUACCAAAGUCACAAGAUUUGGCAAGUAAUACAGGUGGUCAACUGAUUCCUCAAACUGUCCAUUUCCAAUCAACGUGGCCGCUAUCCUGGCGUGACUCACCGAUAACCCCUAUGAACCAAUUUGAUGGGAGUGGGAUGAAUGCUCUGGAAUUACUAAACUCUGAUAAGAAGCCAUAUGCAAUGGAAGAUGACACACCCGAAAUAUUAAAGGACUCUUCUAUGCCACAAACUGGUGUGAAAGUAAGCUCCCCAAAUAAGAAGCGUAUUUCUCCACCUAAUCGUCAUUUGAAUGAGCUUGGUUCUAGCUCAUCUGGAGGAGGCUUAAAAACUGGCCGGAAGUUCAUAUUGCGAGCUGUUCCUUCUUUCCCACCACUCACCCCAUGUAUCGAUUCCAAAGAUGUUGCCACCCAUAGUGUGGACAAUUCUCAAAAGGGUAGCAGCGGCAAGUAACGAAUACUACAAAACUGCUAGCUAAUGAGCUGGGUUAGUUAUUUCGCUGUGUACUUUGACGCGCUGAAACUUGAGCAAAAUUCUCACUGGAAGGCUUCUUUCUAUGGGCGCAUAAGCAUCAAACUCAUGAAGAUUAAUUAGUCAGAAAACUAAGUUUGUUUGAUAAACGAACAAGAGACACUUCUAAGAUAUGAACAUCCUUGCAUGAAUAAUGUUAUCUUAGAGGAAAACCAUGGUGCAGCUUGAUUUCAUAGUCCGCGCUGUGAAGAUGGGAGAGAAAUCCAUAGAUUCCUUUGCCUUCAUUUAAGGAACUCUAUGAUCUCCUUUGACAUCCUAUAUUUCAGAUAAAAAAAUGAACCAAAUUUCAGUGUAGUCGCUGCUGCUUAUCAUGUAGAGGAAAUACUCUGUUACUUUGAACUAGAAUUCAGGUUCUUUGCUUGGCCUAUUUGCUGCCAAGUACAAUAAUUGCUUUUAGUCGACUCAUAUAUUUGAUGGCAAAAGAAGCAUUGUUUACAGUUUCCUUCGGUACUA